AUUACCAAAUCAUCAUUUCAAUUCCAGCAAGUCAAGAACUUCGACCGCUUUAUCCUACGCACUCCUCUCUGCUUAUCCUGCGCAUAUUUCACCGGUUUCGGAGCCGAGAUCUACAACUACGUUCUCAGCGCUUUCACUUCUCAACUACGCAAUAUUCCUAUCGGAUUUAAGCAGAAAGAAUCAUGAGUUGUUUCAGCUGUUGUGAAGAAGAUGAAUUCCCAAAGAGUGCCGAAAGUGGAGGACAGAAUGUGGUAAAAAACUCAGCAGGAAAUGAUGGAAAUUAUCAUGCGUCAGAAACUGCAAAGCAGGGUGCUCAAACUGUUAAAAUUCAGCCCAUUGAAGUUCCUGAUAUACCGGUGGAUGAACUAAAAGAUAUUACAGAUAGCUUUGGAGAAAGUUCUCUGAUUGGAGAGGGAUCCUACGGAAGAGUAUAUCAUGGUGUUCUUAAAAGUGGGCAGGCUGCAGCAAUCAAGAAAUUAGAUGCCAGUAAACAGCCCGAUGAGGAAUUUUUAGCCCAGGUUUCAAUGGUUUCACGGCUGAAGCAUGACAAUUUUGUUCAAUUACUUGGUUAUUGUGUUGAUGGAAACUCCCGAGUUCUUGUGUAUGAGUUUGCGUCUAAUGGGUCUCUACAUGAUAUUUUACAUGGCAGAAAAGGUGUUAAAGGAGCACAGCCUGGUCCUGUUCUGACGUGGGCACAGAGAGUUAAAAUUGCUGUAGGGGCUGCAAAAGGGCUUGAGUACUUGCAUGAGAGGGCUGAUCCCCACAUUAUCCACCGGGACAUCAAGUCAAGCAAUGUACUAAUCUUUGAUGACGAUAUUGCUAAAAUUGCAGAUUUUGAUUUGUCAAAUCAGGCUCCUGACAUGGCAGCACGUCUUCAUUCCACCCGUGUCCUUGGAACCUUUGGUUAUCAUGCACCAGAAUAUGCAAUGACUGGGCAAUUGAAUGCUAAGAGCGAUGUAUACAGUUUUGGUGUUGUCCUUCUUGAACUUUUGACUGGAAGGAAGCCUGUUGAUCAUACACUACCACGUGGGCAGCAGAGCCUGGUUACUUGGGCUACACCAAAACUCAGUGAGGAUAAAGUCAGACAGUGUGUAGAUGUAAGACUAGGAGGAGAUUACCCGCCCAAAGCUGUGGCUAAGAUGGCUGCUGUUGCUGCGCUGUGUGUGCAAUAUGAAGCUGAUUUCAGACCAAACAUGAGCAUUGUAGUCAAAGCUCUUCAACCUUUGUUGAAUGCAAGACCUGGACCUGCUGGUGAAACACCAAACUAGUCUGUCUAUAUCUCUUUCUAUCUUUAUCUGUGAGUAUGUGCACAGUGUGCACUCAAAAUAUAAGUGACUGCUUCAGAAGCUGAUGGUAAAUUGCUCGAACAUGGUUAUAUAUUCCAUUGUUUUCACUGCAUUCAUUUUGUUCAUAAUCCAUGAGGUUUAC